AUGAUGGUGACAACCAUGAUGGUGAGUAAACUUUUUGAACAAAUUUUAGAUUUUUCAUAUUCAGAAGAUUCUUGUUCUGGCCGUACUGCUAGAAGCCACUUCUGCAUUCGUCCCAAUCACCGGACAAGCUCUCGUUAA